GGAAGGAAGGCUGAACACGUAUUAAUGCACUGUGUCAAAUAUAAUGAAGAAAGAGUUAUGUUACAACAAAGGGUGAGAGAGGCUAAACAAGGAUGGGAUUUGGAGGGGAUACUAGGAACAAGUGGUUAUAAGGCUAUUGUAAACUGGAUCCCGUUCUACAUACGCCGGUACAGUCGGUGGCGGUAUGCACCUAUAAAUUGGUAUUGCAAUCCGCCAAUAAACGCAAGGAAGAAGAAGACGGAGACGACGAAGAAGAAGAAGAAAGGGAGGAAAGAAAAAAUGGCUUCACCUGCUGGUUGUGAACACUACACGCGCAGCUGCUUAUUGAAAGCACCUUGUUGUGGUAAACUGUACGUGUGUCGGCUGUGCCAUGAUGCAGAGGAGAACCACCAGAUGGAUCGAUUCAAAGUCAGAGAGGUGCAGUGCUCUUCGUGUGAGACAGUACAACAGGCACAGCAGACUUGCCAAGAGUGCCACAUGCAGUUUGGGGAGUAUUACUGUGAUAUUUGCCACUUGUUUGACAAGGAUAAGAAACAGUAUCACUGUCAACCCUGUGGAAUAUGCAGGAUUGGGCCCAGGGAGAAGUAUUUCCACUGUGAGAAGUGCAAUCUGUGUUUAGCGCAGGAUCUGCGGGGAAACCACAAGUGUGUUGAAAAUGUUUCAAGGCAGAACUGCCCAGUGUGUAUGGAGGACAUUCACACUUCUAGAAUUGGAGCACAUGUUCUUCCAUGCGGCCAUCUUCUACAUAAGACCUGCUUUGAUGACAUGAUCAGAACUGGUGCGUAUCGCUGCCCUCUUUGUAUGCAUUCUGCCUGGCAGAUGGAGGACCACUGGGAUGAGAUAGACAAAGAGAUCGCCCAGUCACCGAUGCCCACUGAAUACCAGGGUGCUACUGUCAAAAUUAUAUGUAAUGACUGCCAAGCUCACUGCACAGUGCCUUUCCAUGUCCUGGGGAUGAAGUGCAGUGGCUGCGGCUCCUACAACACAGCACAGGAUGGAGGACUCAUCCAACCGCCUCCACAACAGCAGACAGAGCUGGACAAUGAGAAUGAGGCAGAAACAGACACAGAGGCUGGAGGGGGCUGGAGCCUCUCGCAGCAUCCACUGGGCGAGAUGCAGAGUACAUCAUAGACAUGUUGUCACUCUAUCACAGGACUUAACACUCAUACACCUACAGGCAAUUUAGAGUCAUGUCUAUCUGACAUGCAUGUCUUGGGGUUGUGGGAAGACCCCCUGCAGAUGCUGGGAGAACUUGCAGACUCCACACUUUAUGCCCCGGCCAAGUGUCUGAUUCAAACCCAGGACAGUUUUUCUGAGGAGUGACAGUCUAACCACUGAGCUUCCUCGUGCCACCAUGAUGAAGAAAUGAGCAGGGUAACUACUUCAGCUGCUGGUGUUUUGAGGCUGUGACUACUUUCUGUUGAGUUCAGGGGGUCGUGCCAUAUGUCCUACUUAAAAGUUCUCAAUAAAAGAUUGUGUGAAUAAA